UCGUCGAAAAUUUAGCAGUAACACGUUUUCAUUUAAUAUUUAAUUUACGCAUUUUAUCACUUCGGAACGGAAUCUACGUCGAUAAAUUUUCUUAAAUUUUAAUAUUUACGGAUUAUUUAUUUGGAAAGUUUAAGAAAAAGGAAAGACGUCUUAGCAGCGCCUUAACAGAUCUAUUUCUGUAGUAUUGUCUUUACCAGAUGUAAACAAAGUAGAUAAACAUUCUGGAGCGCUUAUUGUUGUGAUUUAAACAAGAUGCAUCCAAGAGACAUAGUCUGGCCUUUUCCUAACAUGAAUAAACCGCCGAAAUUAUUCAAUAUAGGUAGCAGAAUUGUGAUACCGGCUGUUGGAAUCAUCAGCAAAAUUAUGACAGGUUGGUUGAAUAAUGUUGUUGUGUACAACAGACAUGUUCUCAUUGAUGCAAUCGAAAAUCGACCUGAAAAUGUUCCACUUAUUACAGUCAGUAAUCAUCACUCUUGUCUAGAUGAUCCAAUGUUGUGGGGUAUAUUAGAUUGGAAACAUCUUUUCAAUAGUAAAGUUAUGAGAUGGUCAGGUGCAGCACAUGAUAUAUGUUUUACGAAGGAAUGGCAUUCGAAAUUCUUUGCUCUUGGUAAAACUUUCCCAAUUCGCAGAGGAGAUGGAGUUUAUCAGAAAGCUAUGGACUUUUGUUUAGAACGUUUGAAUGCUGGAAAUUGGAUUCAUUUCUUUCCUGAAGGAAAAGUGAAUAUGACAAAAGACGAAAGUUUAAGAUUGAAAUGGGGUAUUGGACGAUUAAUAUCUGAAUGUAAGAUAACUCCAUUUGUAAUUCCAUUUUAUCAUUUAGGUAUGGAUUGUGUAUUGCCAAAUAAGGCGCCUUAUAUUCCUAGAGUAGGACAGGUUGUUACAGUUCUCAUAGGAAAUCCAAUUGAUUUUUCUGAAAUGAGGGAAAAAUUAAAGAAAGAAAUGAAGACUGCAAUGGAAAAAAGAAAAUUAUUCACAGAUAUUAUACAAGAAGAACUUAGACAGCUUAAACACCAAACUGAAAAUUUACACAGGCUAAUUCAAAUGAACAAAUUGUAGAAUGGGAAGUGUUAGUUUCUUUAGUGUGAAUGUAUUUAUUAUUUUGUGCCAUUGAUUUUUAGGUUGCAGCUUUACAUUUAAUUAAGUUAAAAUUGAAACAAAGUAAAAAGUAAUUGAGAAGAUAUUCAUAAAACUGAAAUAUUAUAAAUAGAUAUGUAUAGUUUUACAUUUUCUUAGUUAAAUUUGUAUCAAUAGAUAGUAAAGAAAGAUUGAUUUUUUACAUCAAAAUUUUUUAUGAAGAAUUAGAAAUAGCACUUUUGUAUAAAUGAU